GGGAAUUGCGGAUCCCAACCGAUCCCAGCUGGGAAUUCCAUGGGACCUGCUCCUCUCCCCGCCGGGAUCUCCCCCAUCCCGUAAAUCCGCUUUCCCCGGAUCAGACCAUCCCUCCCCUUAUGGAAUUCCAGCCGGGAAAAGCCGGAUUCCUCUCCCUCCUGCUGGUGGCCGCCCUGAGCCGCCAAUCCCUGGAGAAAUCCCUUCCGUUGGCCGAGCGGGAGCAGGAGGUCCCGGAAAGCCCGGGGUUGAUCCGCUGCGGGGAAUACAGCAACCAGGUCCUUCCCAACGGGCGCUGCCGGAUCGUGGCCACGCUGCCGCAGGGCGACGAGCGGCGCUGCCCGGACCUGUUCCGCUGCACCGACGAGGUCUCCUUCUGGCUCCACGAGAACGAGGAGCGCAAGCAGCAGAUCCUGGAGCUGCGGGAGCUGAUCUCCGAGCUCCAGGAGGAGCUGAGGAACCACCGGCACCGCAUCAAAGCCCUGGAGAGCCAGGAGGAGGAGGAGGCGGCUCAGAACCAGAGCCUUCUCCAGAGGGUGCAGGAGCUGGAGCAGCAUUCCCGGGAAUCCAGCACGCUCCAGCACAUCCAGGCCACGCUGCUCUACGACAUCCAGGCCCAGAUCAACAACAUCUCCGCCCUGGCCGACUGGGCCUGGAGGAAUCCCAGCUGCCUCCAUCCCGCCGAGAUCCGCCUCCAGGAGGAUCCGCGGAAUCCAGAAAUGAAACACAGCCGGAAUUGUCCCAUCGACUGCGCUUCCGUCUAUUCCAACGGGCUCCGGAGAUCCGGGAUUUACAGCAUCCUGCCCUCGGUCCGCGGGGUUCCCAUCGAGGUCCUCUGCGAGAUGGACACCGAAGGAGGGGGCUGGACCGUCAUCCAGAGGCGCCAGGACGGAUCCGUGGAUUUCAACCGGACCUGGAAUGAGUACAAGGAAGGAUUCGGGGAUCUCCACGGGGAAUUCUGGCUGGGCAAUGACAACAUCCACAGGAUGACGAGCCAAGGGGAUUAUUCCCUACGGAUCGACCUGGAAGACUGGAAUAACAAACACAAACACGCCUUCUACCAGGUCUUCAGCAUCGAGGAUGAGGAGAACCUGUACCGGCUGCACGUGGACGGCUUCAGCGGCACGGUGGAGGAUUCCUUCGCCUGGUACCACGACAAGCGGAGCUUCAGCACUCCGGAUUCCGGGAAUAUCUGUGCCGAGAUCUCCCACGGGGGCUGGUGGUACCACCAGUGCUUCUUCUCCAACCUCAACGGGGUUUACUACAAGGGCGGCCGGUAUUCCAUCAAAAACCGGCGGAUGCUGGGCCCGGAUGGGAUCGUGUGGUAUUCCUGGAAGGACACGGACUAUUAUUCCCUACGGAAGGUGGUCAUGAUGAUCCGGCCGCGCUCGUUCCGGCCCCGCCUCUCCCCGUGAUCCCGGGAUAUUCUCAUCCCGCGUCCCCUGCGGAACGUUGGGAACGGAGCGCCGGGAAAGGGGUUCUGGAGGGAUUUGGUGGGAAUAGAUCCAGCCGGGAUCCAACGAUCCCAGUCCUCCCAUCUGGGAGAUCUCCCGGGAAUGUGGAGGCGAUUCCUGGGAAGAGCGUUCCCAAGACUAAAUCCGGUUAUUGGGAUGUUGGGAAUCACCUCCGAGCCGAUCCAUGCGGAAUUCCGCCGCCUCCAAGCCGAUGGAAUUUCCCAUGGGAAGCAACGGCAGCGAUCCUGGGGGAGUUUUUCCACGUGGGAUUCGAUGGAGCGCUGCUUUUAUUCCCGAGGAUUUGCGUCCCGCUUCCGAAGAUCCCGAAGAUCCGCGACGGCGGGAUCGGCUCUGGGAGGAGCCGCGAGAUCCCAGGCGCGUUCCCGGGGAUGGAAUCCAGGGAAAAUGAGGACGGACGGUGCUCCACACCUGAACAUCAAACUCUAGGAAUAAAAAUAUUCCAAAGGAAAAGAUU